GUUCUCUUUGUCUUUCAUUCACUUUCACCUCAGUGACGACUAAGCAUGAUCCUCCUACUUUCUUUUAAUCUUUCUCUUCUCCUUUUCUCCUCAUCUUUUACAUAUUCCCUACCUGCCAAUACUUUUUCAAUAUUUAACAGUAUCAACGCAUAUUCACAAUUCUACGUCACAGGGAUCAUAAUUCAGCUAGUGGUCCUAUUGAGUCUCAAGUCAAGUGAAAAAAGGAGCAUCAGAAUGGGACCUGAAAGCGACUCAGAUGACGAGCAAGUCAGCAUUGACUAUGCCGCUAUUCUAGGUGAGAAACACAACCUCCACCCCCCCCAAAAACCCUUUCUCAGACGGACCCUAAUAUAGCCACAUGAAAGGAGAGAAUAUAACAAAUACAGCAGAGGAUACAAGGGGUAAAAAAGAUGGCAAGAUAAAAGCACCAACACAGAAGCAACUGAUGAAUGAUCUUAAACUUGGAAGUAAGGAAGAAUGGAAAGAAUGGAUACAAUCGAACCUCUUCGCACCGUUCUGGGCAGAACUCUGGAAUGAUUGGAUCAAGAACCAGUCCGCGGAUAGAGGGCCGGGUCUGAGGAUUAUCCAAGGGAGGAUGGCUGCUGGGGAGAGUAUGGGAAGAACAAGGUAUUCCGCCAGGAUCAGAAAUAAAGAGGGCUGGGACGAAGCCGAUCACCUUGCCUGCUUUGUGUGGUGGGUGAAACAUGAGAAUAAGAGAUCAAGCGACGGGGUUUUCUUUAACAGAAACCUCAGUGACAGUGAGAUGGAUCAAAUUGUCUGGGCCUUGAAGGAAUGGUGCAGACAUCUUCAUACACCCAGCUACAUAUCAAAACCGACUGGAGGAACUGCAUUGUUUGGAACAUCCCGAAGGAGCGGGGAGCGCAAGAGCAAGAGCAAGACAGAGGAUAGUGUAACAGGGGAGAGCAAAAAGCAAAAGACUGGCAAAAAAAGGAAGAAAACUAAGGAAAUAAGUGAUAGCGAUCUUAGCGACAUCAGCGACAUCAGCGAUCUUAGUUGCGAAGUCAAGGGCAAGACUGUAACAAACAAGAAAUGGGAGUAUGAGAUCUUGCACCCUAAGGAGAGACUGAAACUUAAUCGGCAGUCAGAGACCAUCGAUAUGAGAGACCCAUAUUGGCAGUACCUCAUAAUCGUCAGGGCUCUGAAUCGGUGCCGUCGGCUGCCUCAGGACUCGGCAGUAAUCGAUAUGGAUCAGCACGAGUCGGCAGCAGCACUAGAAAGUGAGGACGUGCACUUCACCCCCCCGGAGAACGAGACCUUGGAGGAUAUACUUCGGAACACGCCAAAAAAGAAGCCGCGACCAGGUGAUGAAUUACAUACAGACAUAUUUGAUCCCGCGAAGUACCAACAGGGUGAAGACUACAAUGACUUAGUCAUCAGAGACGAGUUGCAGGUCUCACACGUCAUGCAGCCAACAGAGGCCAGUCUUCUCAUAAUUGACGCGAAACGCGACUGGUUCAACAAUGUAGAGUAUCAGAGAGAGAAAGUCAAAUUGGCAUGUGAAAAGCUCCGCAUUGAGAGCACAAAAUUCCCCCGUAUGAGAGGAAUGAGACGCUCGACAACGCUAAAAUUUUGGCAACCAGUUGCGAUCUGGGCCCUAGUGGAAUUCAAACAGAAGGCGUUUCUUAAAGGUGCAAUGCUUGCAGAUGCGGUUGGAUUGGGGAAGACUUGGGAAACCAUAGGCUUCUUGCUAGCAAUCUGGACUGAGUAUAACGACAGGUGUGCGCAGGCUCAGCGGAAUGAAGAACAGUAUCCAAAAGGCAAACCAACGCUGAUUGUUUUACCUCCCGGCUUAGUGGCUCAGUGGGCGCAGGAAAUCAACGGGAUGACUGAUAUCUUCGACAUCUAUAUCUACCAUGGUGAUUACAGGGUACAGUCAUCGGUGAGCACAUAUAUGAUUGAUGAGAAAUUGACCCGCAACCACAUACUGUUUAACGGGGGCCCAGAGAGUGCAAGAGCUGUAGUGCUCACCUCCUAUGGCACACUCAAUACCAGAAAUGGACCGGCAGCUGCCAAAGCAGUCUUUGAAGGAAAAGGCCACAGAUUCAAUGCUCAAUCUCCCAGAAUGCCAGAUAAUUGGGAUUAUGAUCUGGCCGGUCUUUUUGGCAUCGCAGUGUUUGACGAAGCACAGACACUAAGGAACCCAUCAUCGUUCCUGUCCGUUGCUUGUCAUUGGUUAAAGGCAGACUGGAACUUCAUUUUAGACUUUAAGGGAUAUAUGCCCCUGUUGUUCAGAGACCCCCACGCAUGGAACACUGAGGAUUUUUUCAAAAUGGAAUCAGGCCACCCACUAGAGACAUACCUGUGUACGAACGUGGCAGUGCAUGAGAUGGUGCUCCGGCGGAUCCUUGCCGUCUUCAUGAUUAGGAGGAGCAUCACCUCGAGCGAAGACAUUCCUGGAUCCCAGAAGAAGCUGGUGCAGGUUGCCUUUGACAAGUAUGAAUUGUUCACAUACAAGGCAAGGGAAAAGAAACACAAACGUGGCUUGUUUGUCCGGGACAAAUACGACCAUAAAAAGUUUCACUGGAAUAGCAGUAAGCUGAGGGAUCUUGUGCUGCUAUCCUCUUGGCUGGGGUUCAUGUUUUUAACCCUCAAGCUACUUGAUCAAGGCAGAUUAGUAGAUACUUGGAUAACAUUGAUUGAGCAAAAGUCCAUUGUUGGGGAAGCUGUGACUGUCAAGGAGUUCUACAAAACAGCAAAGUCUCGCCUGGAGAGCGCUCCGGCCGCACGUCUCGAGUUCUUGCUGCGAGGCUCUCCAAAGAUGCGCGCCAUGCUGGCAACGAUCAGGGACCAGGUCCUCCUCUUUGAAGAAAAAGCAAUAGUUUGGGUCAUGUACCCAGCAGAACAGGUGUAUGUGGCCGCGGUUCUCCAGGAGGCUGGAAUAAGCUAUGGUGUGUUUCACGGUGGCCUGGACAGCAGUGAGCGAUAUAAAAUGACGGAGAGCUUUACAAGAGAUGACAGCGGCUAUAAGGUCCUAAUCAUGUUAUUUGCGGCUAACAGCUCAGGCCUGAACCUCCAGCACAAGUGUCGUAAUGUCCAUUUCUUUUCUCCAUCACUAUCUCAAGCGGUAAGGGAGCAGGCACAAGGAAGAUCAUGCCGCUUAGGCCAAGAUCGGAUUGUCUUGGUGUACGAAUACCGCGUCGAGGACUCGUUUAAUAUGUAUCUCGGCAACCGCACACAGAACAAGGCGUACUCCUCGCUCGUUAUCGAGAUGACUUCUUUAUCAGCCCAGGGUGACGGUGAUGCACAGUCCGAGGAUUGUACUGGCGACUUGAGUCGUUGGGUGAUCCGCAACGGGGAGUUGGUCCGUCUUGAAGAGGGUCAGGCUCCUGAUCCAAACGACAUACAGGAUUACGACAAGAUCUUUAAUAAAAUUGCCAGGGCGCUGCAAGGGGAGGCGGAAGAGGAAUGA